GUUGUCAAGAGGAGAGCCUGCGUCACGUGCACGAAUGCAAAAUGCAAGUGCUCGCCGCAGUCGGACAACUUGUGCCAGCGAUGCGCCCGGCUGGGGAAGCAGUGCGUGUAUCUAGAUCUGCCGGAGAGGAAGAGGAAGCGCAGAAGCGAUGAAGAUGGAAACGGCGCCACUCAACAUGCUCCCACGUCCUCUUCUACGGAUGGCUUGACGCCAAGCACGGGCGACUUGACGAUUCCAGAUGAUCCGGAAAUGCUGGGCCCCGACUCCGAAGGCUAUCACGGCCGCGAGCCCCCGACGACAUCCGUCCUGGAAGGCCUCCCCGACAUUGUCGACCGCGGCUUUCUCAGCAUGUCCGAAGCAGAGAAUCUCGUCUCGCAGUUCAAGUCCCGCUUCGUGUGGACGUUCCCCUUUGUCGUGCUGGAUCCCGCCCAGACCGUCGCGGACCUGCGCAAGGGCGAGCCGCUGCUCUUCCUCGCCGUCGUCGCGGCCACCAUUGCCAGCGCGCACCCGAUCCGCAAACUGCUCGCCGACGAAAUCAUGCAGCACGUCACGUCGCGCGUCGUGGCGAGCUCGGAGCGCAACCUGGGCCUCGUGCGGGCGCUGCUGGUGCUGUGCGCGUGGUAUCGGUAUCCCGCGCAAAAGGGCAACGUGCAGCUGGUGCUGCUGAUUACCAUGUGCGCGACCAUGGUGCAUGACUUGGGGCUGCAUCGGCUCAAGGCGGAGUUGACGAUGGAUCAGCAGAGGGCGCUGUUGGGGACGUAUCUCGUUAGUUCAAGCUUGCCGAGGGUCAUGAAUCGUCCGUCUGGCAUGGCGAAUAGCAACAAGAUUGAGGAAUGCUGCAACAACAUGGCUGCGUCGACCGAGUAUCCCUCUGACAGAUACAUCCGGCCAUUUAUCGUGACGCAGUCUUUUAUAAACACCAUCGAUGUCAACUACGGCGAGCUCGGAGAGGCAGCCUAUGAAGAGUCUCUGGUUAGAAUCAUGAUUGGGGCCAAGCUGCGCGAAUUCGAGAGUCUGAGAGCCACUCUAGAGGAAGACUUGGCCAAAUGUCCAAACCCACUCAGUAUGCUGCUUUUUUUUUUCCAAGGAAAGACUUAUAACAUGGCCCUCGGCGACGAGCAUGCCUGCUACCAGAACCGCCACGCUGCCGUUCCGUCCUCGGCCUUUGAAGCAUUCAAGGUGUCGGCUUACAGAUCAUCGCUCCUCUGGCACCUGGUCCGCUACAGCAAAGCCCUCAUCCAAGCCUACAUUGAAAUACCCGAUGCCGAACUGCCCCAAAUCACCGUCUUCACCCUCACCCAGAUCUGCGCCUCUCUCGUCAUCUUGCCGAGAUCCGUGUCCUUUCUCCUAAAGCUCAUCACCACCAAGCAGGGUAGUGUUCGUACCUGGCCGGUUCGGGGCGAAACGUUGGACGAGGCACGGGCUGUCGUCGACGAAGCGGAUUUCCUCAAUCUCGUCGUGAGGCUGUACGAGAAGCUGCGGGUGCUGAUUGUUGGCCUCACGCCGCAAGAAAAGGGGUUGGACGUGGCUGGGACGCUGUGCUGUCAUAUGAAUGUGCUGGCGAGCUGGUAUGCGCCACGGGUGCAGGCUAUUCUGGGCGUUGAU